AUGCGAUAUCAUGGCAAGUAUGCUAAAGCUGUUGCUCUUCUCUGUUCUCAGGCUGGAGAAGACGACCAAGUGAAACUGGAUCUCAUCUCUUCCGCCAUCAGCUCCUCCUCAUCACACAAACAGAAGGCAUCAGCAGCCAAGCCCGACAAAGUCAAGUCAACGCCGACAAAACUCAAAAAGGAAAAGCCAACCAUGUCUCUGCUUGGCAGUCCUGUGCGCAUUCUCAAGGGCAGCAACAGUAGUGGCUCCAAGGAUCAUAAAGAGUUUUAUGAUGUUGAUCUUUCCAAUGAGGAGAUGCAUUAG